AUGAACACACCACGUAGGUUUCAAAAGCCUAAUGAUGAUCGUGUCAAUGAGCGUCAAUGGAAAAUUUUUGUUGCAAACAUGGACAAGAAGAAGCACCAGAGAAUAGCAAGCAUCAACAAAAGAAAUCGGUCUCAAAAGAAGAUGAACCAAUCAACAGGGACUCGAACAUAUGCAAAUGUUGCUCAUGAAUAUGAAAUUUCUCAUGGUAAAGAGCCAGAUAGGUGGGAGCUAUUUAAAUUAACACAUCAAAGGAAAAGGUCCCAAGAACCAAUAGAUGCGGCAUCUGCAAAGGCAAUUGCAGAUUUUGAAGAGGCUGAACAAAAGAGGCUAAGCAUGAAUGUUGACAUCACUGCUCCAGAAAUCCGUGAAGAAAUGUAUGCUGAAGUUCUUGGUAAGGAGAAGGGGAACAGAGUGAGAGGUGUUGGAGCAGGGGUUACUUGGGACGAAGUCCCUGGAAUCCAUAUUGAAGAGCGAGGAGUAUCAAGAGAAGUGAAACAGUUGCGAGAGCAAUUGGAAGAGCAAGCGAAAAUGGCACAAGAGAGAGAAGCACACAUGAUGGAGGAACUACAAAGCAAAAUGGCUGAGCAAACAAAACGGAUGGAACAAAUGUUUGAAGUGAGGUGCGUAGAGAUGGCACUCUAAAAAAUGGGAGAGAUGUUUAAACAAUGCGGAAUAUCAGUGGAUACACAAGAAGAUGUCAUGCAAACGAUGUCUCAGUUUGCUCGUGACACGCCUCAAAGGCCAUCGACUGUUGCUUUUUCACCAGAUGAUGAUGUCUAUCGUCCUACAAUGCCAUUUGAUUGCCCCAAUAUGCAAAUUG